AUGAUCCAUGCUGGUGACGCGGCCAACUCUAUGCUAUGGGUGUUAGCGUCUGCUCAGAGUUUGGGAAAUCUGCUGCUUCCGCCCCUGGCGGUCACAGCACUGGCUGUUUCGGCCUGCGCUGGGCUUGGCCUCUCAUUCUGGCCCUCAGUGGCGUUUCUGGUGGUGCACCAGUGCCAUGGCGUAAGCUGUCGGUUGGUAGGUGCCGUGUCACCGGGGUGGUGGCCCCGUUACGUUUUAUCCCAUCCUUGUUGA